AUGCAGGCUAUUGGGCCAGUUAUCGCAUGGGCUGCCGGACAACGGGAGAUUAUGAAGAUCGACCUAUCGAAGGCAUUCCACGCGAUCCCAAUAGCUGACGACCAGAAGAACUACUACUCGUUCAUGGGCACAGACGGUGCUACGUACAGAUACGUACGGAUGCCAAUGGGUGCACCCAAGCACUUCGCCACGGUGAUGAUGAAAGUUCUUGGGGAGUUGCCUGAUAUGGAUAAGACGCACGUAAGGUCUUACCAAGAUGACAUUAUAGUGGCUGGGACGACCAGAAGAGAAUGUGCUGAUCGAUAUCAUAGAGUGAUCCGCCACCUAUGUGACUACGGCUUCAAAAUAAACAGAGAGAAGUCGUCGAUGAACACUACAUUAACGAUACUCGGAUACGAGUUUACGAAAGGUUCUAUUGGCAUACCUAAAGCCAAAGCCGAACAAAUAAGAAAACUACUCCGUUCGGAAUGUAUAGAUGGUAUAACGAGAGCGACGCACCAAUUGUCUUAUUACAAAAUGAUCCAUAAGACGGGCGUUCGAAACUCGCUUACGAAAAUACGACAGAUUUUACUUAAGACUAAACAUGUAACCAACGUUGUCAAAGACCUGAUAGAUGCCGUCGACUCAGAAUGGACGAUAGAACGUACGAAACCUAUUCAAGGGAAUACGAUUACAGUCUACGUCGACGCAUCAGAUACGCAGGCGGGGAUGGUAGUAAAGUAUAAUGACCAAAUAGUGAUGACAGAAUCGAUUCCGCUCACGAAGACGUCGACAAACCUUGCUUCUUACAAGGAAAUACAGGGAGCCUAUAAGUUGCUCGCCAAGUAUAAGUCGGCGAUUGACUUCAUUGAUAGGGGGGCGGAGAAGAUUAUUGUGACCGAUAAUAUGCGCCUGUGGCAGGCUCUCGAGAGACAAGGAGAACCGAGGAAUGACUUAGAAGUCUAUGCGGCGCGCAUUCAGGCCUUAUAUAAGGCAUCCUACCAACACAUCCCUGGGGGCCAGAAUCCGGCCGACGAAUUUUCAAGGAGACACCGUCUCCCCACGUAA